AUGGACAAAGGAGAUAUGCAGCGAAGUGUUGAAAGUUUACGGCAUCAAUUAAAUAUACAACGAAUACCAAUUUCGCAGUCAGCCAACGAGAUGAAACGGUUUAUCGAAGGGCAACAAGAAUCCGAUCCUUUAGUGAAUCCAGUUGAUAAACGCUUCAAUCCCUGGGCAGAGAAAUCAAAAUGUAUUAUUCUAUGA